AUCUUUGGCUCUAGAUGUUGUCAGGCGAAACUUGCGCAGCUUCUCCUUUGUCUCCGGGGAGAAAGAAUAUAACCGGGACUCUGACGACUGUAGCCAUCACCAUUGUUAGCCACGAGAGCAGAAUGCGGGGCAGGAUCACCUACCAUGUUGGAUAUUAUAUGGGAAGGACUGGCAGACAGUCGAGUAUAUUGACAAUAUAGCAAAACCAAAAGCUGCACAGAGUCAAUAUUGUGCUUUCAGCCAAAACCACAGAGCAAGCAGGAUGCGUGGUUGUCGUCGCUGCAGAAGACGCAAAGUGGGAAUUGCUGCGAUCGGAACUUCUCUUUCCCCACCUCCCUCCAAAAGCCAUCUCCAUCUCCGCCCUCUCUUCUCCAGCCCUCCUCCACCUCUCCUCCAACAACCCCCCAUGUUCUCGCGCCUCAAUCAACUCACCCGCCAGUUCACCCGUCCUGCCCUCCGUUCGGCAUCUUCGAUUUCUUCGCCUGCAUCGUCUCCGUUGAAUCGAUUUCCAUCCACCAUGACAUCAUCCGCGGUCUCCAAUCAUUCCCGGACAAUACACACGGCGGCCUGUUUGAUCAUCGGUGAUGAGGUGCUUGGUGGAAAGACCAUCGACACUAACUCCGCUUUCUUCGCCAAAUACUGUUUCUCUCUUGGAAUCCAGCUGAAGCGAAUUGAAGUCAUCGCAGACGAUGAGAGUGAAAUCGUCGAGGCCGUCCGACGCAUGAGCAAUCGCUAUGACUUUGUCGUUACCAGCGGUGGUAUUGGGCCUACCCACGAUGAUAUCACCUACGAAUCGAUAGCCAAGGCAUUCGGUCUGAAGUUGAGAUUGCACACACCCUCUUUUGAGCGCAUGAAGAAACUUUCCAAGCCUCAUCCGAUGCAGCCACACUUUGACUGGGACACUCCCUCACCGGGUUUGACUGCGAAGCUCCGCAUGGUUGAGCUCCCCCAUGACGAGAAAAUCCCCGACGAACAACAAGCUGUCUUCGUCGCAGAUGACAUGUGGGUUCCAAUUGCCAUCGUCAACGGCAACGUUCACAUCCUCCCCGGUGUGCCGCGUCUCUUCGAGAGACUGCUUGAUAGCCUCAAGCCCUCCUUGCUCCCACGCUUGACCAACCCAGAUGGAAAGGGAAUCCACCGCUUCCUCUUCAGCACACCUCUCCCAGAAAGCGCCGUCGCUCCAUACCUGACCGACCUCGCCGUCAGAGCGUCCCCGCACGGCGUCAAGGUCGGCAGCUACCCCCGCUGGGGCAACAAGCGCAACACCGUCACUCUAGUCGGCACCGACCAGGCUUUUAUGGAUUCAUUAAUUCCGGAGGUCGAGGAGAACAUUAAUGGCAGAAAGGUGACUUACGAGGAAGAACUGGACCCUCCAUCCGAAGGCGAAGAGAGCAAGUAGACAUGAUUAUAUUGAUACCUGGCCGUGUCCGACAGAUUUGGGGUUUCUUUUCUUUUGUAUAUUCAAUUGAUCAGCUGCUAGCACAUUAUACCUAGAUUUGUAGACACCCAUGAACAGACAUGAAUAUGUUCG